AUGCGUUCAGCUGAACAAGCGAGUGAGUACCCCAUGAGGUGCUGCGCUGCCGACAUGUCCUGAGCUCUGACACUCUUACACUCUUCUUCGUCGCCAGUCUCGGCUCUCGAGGCUCCAUUGCUGCUCCGCUCCGCCGGGUCUCGCCAUAGCCGUCGUACGGCCACGGCCACGGCCGACCACGACCAUGACCCCGUGUACCAUCCGAGAACGGUGACUGCGAUCGUACGCCGUAUCGAGGCGCUCACCCUCGAGCUGCUGCCCAUCCAGGUCGACCUCGGUGAGCGCGUGCUCCGUGUUGGGGUCCGUGUUGGGGUCGAGUCGUCUUCUCGAUGACGCCGACGAUGACCGCGUAGGCGGGCUCGGCGGGCUGGCUGGCUGACUGACGCUCCUUCGCUACUCUCCCCCGUCUCCUCUCUACGUCGAACCAGACGAACUGACCAGUCCGGUCUCGGCUAUCCUGACUCGACAAGUCGUCGAAGCCUACUCCAAGAUCGCCGGAGACUUUGACCAAUGUCUUCCCUUCGCCUUGCUCGAAGCGAGGAGGUAUUUCCGCCAACAGGUUCGUUUUUUGCCCAACCCACGCCGGCCCCCACAUGGCUGCUCGCUGGGGAGGCAAAAGGCUUGGCGCGCGGUCUGGCAGAGGGGGGAUGAUUGCUGAUGGGGUUGAGCGUGUUCACAGGCGUAUUUGAACCCGAGUGAUUCGGAUGAGAACGAAGCUCGAAAGUUGGCGUGCGAGGCUUUGGCAAGGAAGUUGGUCAACAGGACCCGUGAGUCGGGUCUGCGGAGCGGAGCCGGAUGGGAAAGAGCUGAGACGUGUUGGUUUCUUUCAUAGCGAUGGAGGAGCAGUACCGCCUUUUGAGCAGUCGAUUCACCGUUAUCGAGGCCGAUGGAGAUGAGAGUCUACCUCUCUCAGGCGAGUUUUAUAGCUGGGUUCCCACGCGAGACGAGUGGCUGAAGGAGCCCCUCCGUCCCCACUUUCAGCUCUCGAAUCGGCUGUCGAUCAGCAUGCGACGUUCUUCCUCUCGUCGGGUGAAUCCCAACGCACCGUAUUUGCGUUGUGGAAAGGUCUGCUCGUUCAACGUAUCAGCACCGAUGGAACGAACGUCUACGAGCCCGUCAGUCCCUCUCCGGACGCACAUCCCAACCUACCGGGAGCCAGCUGACCCGAAUCUCUUGGACUUUGAACUCUUCUUUAUAAAAGUACAAACCCGCCAUCGAAGCAUCGGGCUUCGUAGCUCAUUUCGACCCAGAUCGUGUCGGUGUCCCUCGCUACCAGUUCUUCUUCCGCAUCUGCUUGUGGGCCCUAUUCCUCGUCUGCUACACCAUCGCGAUCCAGACCCCCGAUCGUGGUUUCGGACUAGAGGAUUUCGUUCUUUGUGAGUUGGAGGAAAAAGGCGACACGUUCUUGAGAUCGUGUUGCUGAACUGGAUCUGAGGUUUCCAGAUAUCCAAUUGCUCGGCUACCUGCUCGAAGAUCUCACAAAAGUGCGUCACCUGGACUAAGUUCCUCGUUUUUCUUCGCACAAGCUGACCUCCCUCCACCUUUAUUUAUCAACAGCUCUGGAAAAUCGGUUGGUUCGCGGCACUUGGCUUCUGGCAAAUCGUCAACUAUGGCAUCUACACCCUCCUUGCAAUCGCCUUCUGCUACCGCGUCGCCGAUACCAUGACCCACGACGCGCACAAGUCCGAGGUCUAUCGUCUGCUGAGCUUCCAGUUCCUUUCGAGUGCGGCGCCGUUGAUUUGGAUGAAGUUGUUGACCAUUUUCGAUCUUUGUGAGUUGGGAGUUGGAGGCUCAGGACGAUUGAGUAGACAACAGGGGCUGAUGAGCUUAUUUUUACUGUUGCGGUGCGGCAGUCCAAUACUUCGGCACCUUGCAAAUUGGUCGGUCUUCCUUCACGUCAAACUCCCGUGGACUAGACGUAACUGAUCCAGACCAAUUCCGUCUGCAGUCACCUUCCGCAUGCUCAAAGAAUCCGCCGUGUUCUUCACGCUGCUUGCCCUCCUCGCGAUCGGGUUCGGACAAGCCCUCACCGGCCUCGACAAUACCAAACCCGAUAGCAAUGCCUCAACGGAGGCAGUCAUUCAUUCUCUCGUUCAAGGGCUGUUGGGAAGUCCGACAUUUGAGGAUUACGCCAGGGGUGCGGAUUCGUACCCUUUCGGGAUGAUCCUCUACGUCAGUCGGUUUCAAUCAUUCCCUGGAAGCCCCUUUAUAAACUACUGACUCAAAGUGCGAUAUUUGGAUCCCAGUAUGCAUGGUCCGUCCUGACGCUCGUGAUCCUACUCAACAUCCUCGUCGCCUUGUUCGGCUCGGCCUAUGCUGAAUGCACCGACGAGGCCGUACCGACCUUCCUCGCCUUCUUCUCGGGCAAGACCAUCUCGGCUAUUCGCGCACCCGAUCAAUACGUAUAUCCGGCCCCUUUCAACUGUGAGUCCAAUUCGUGCCUGGACCCGAGUCGUUCGUGCUUCGGGAUCUCACUAAUCAGGUGACUUGUCGUUUGGCAUGUAAAAGUGAUCGAGCUCUUGAUCCUCCCUCUCGAAAUGAUCUUAUCGAAAGAAGCGUACAAGAAGCUAAACCGCAUCCUUAUGAGCAUCGUCUUCUUCAUACCCCUGUACGUAAAAAGCGCUUCACCCCUUGCGCCAAUUAACCAGCAGCUCACACGAUGACUGUAAACAGCUGCUUCAUCGCGCUCUUUGAAUCCACGCAUUCCUCGCGUCGUUCAUCAGACUACCAAUCUCUCACCAUCGAACCCGACGAAUUCACCAGCUCGGACGAAGACCCCUCACCCCAUUCGCAAGAAGACGAUUUAGGAGCCAGUGAACCGGAAGGGAUGUUGAUUUCCAAAGUCAAGUUCGAAGAUCUGAAGAAGGAAUUACCGAAUUUGGACAGAAGUAAGUUGGACGAGGUGUUGUGGGAAGUUAAGAAGUUGGGGGAGGAGGUGAGAAAGUUGAGAGCGGAGAAGGACCAAUGA